AAAUUUUACUUCCAUUCUGUCGCGACCGCGAUGAAAGUCCUUCGCAAUGCGAUCUCUGGGUCUCGCAAUCGAUACACCCAAGACGGGUAUGACCUCGACUUGACCUACAUCCACGACAGGGUGUUGGCGAUGGGGUACCCCGCAUCAGGUGUGGAAAAGACGUACCGCAACGACGUGUCGGACGUAUCGUCGUUCUUGAACAUGAAGCAUCAAGACAAGUACUUUAUCUACAAUCUCAGCGAACGGUAUCUCAUCAAAUGUCUUUGGUGUGAAUGGUGGAACAAUAAUAUGGCGAAUGUAUAUAUAUGCGUGUAGCCACUACGACGGGCACAAGUUUGGCGAUCGCGUCGACGAAUGCGGGUUCCCAGACCAUCACCCACCACCACUCCAAGUUCUCGUGGACAUUCUCAACCGCAUGCUGGAUUGGUACACGCGGGACCCCGAUAACGUCGUGGUGGUGCAUUGCAUGGCGGGCAAAGGGCGGACGGGGGUCGUGGUGACUUGUUUUCUGAUUGUGAUUGGCUUUUUCGAAGAGUACGCGCGCGCUCUCACGUCAUCAUCAUCGUCCAUGUCGUUGGUUGUAGCGAGUAUGGCAUUUCCAUCUACCACAAGUCGGACCAGGACCUGCUCGAGUAUGUCCAGAUGGUCAACGGCAUCUUCUGGAAGAAACGUGGCCAAGGCGUACGUUACCCAAGCCAAGCCAGAUACGUGUACUACUUUACUAAGUACUUGUCGAGGUUGCCAUACCGCCCCGAUCGUCUUGGCUACCGAUUGCCGCCCCUUCCCCGCGCCACAAAGCUCUUUUUACGGCAAAUUGUCAUGACGGGCAUGCCGUACGUGGAUGCUGGGGGAUGUUCGCCGUUUCUUCUUGUCCACCCGGCGCCGUCUGAGCACGUGCCAUCCAAACUCUUGUACAACAGUGCCUGGGACACCCCUCAACUCCAAUCGUACACUGACCCACACACGACGCUUGUCUUUCGCACCGAGUGCGUGGUCGAAGGUGACUUUCUCGUGCGUAUAUUCCACGCGAACGCGACGGCCGUGCUGGGCAAAAAGGAAAGCCAAUUGUGCCACUUUACCCUGCGGACGGACUUUGUCACAUCGCGCGGAUCGAUUGUGUUGACCAAAGCCGACAUUGACGGCGCAACCGACCACAAGCGAUUCCCAGACCAUUUCAGUGUCGCGUGUGAAUUCGAACCAACAACGAAUCUACAUUCUCAUCCUCACAAUCAAAUGCUUCCCGACCUUGUGCCCCACGACGUGCGUCAAAAGGAGUGCUAUAUCAAGCGCGGGUGGUUAUUUAAACAAGGUGGGUUUGUCCAAAACUGGAAGCGUCGGUGGUGUGUUGCGAAAGAUGGGACUCUCACGUAUUACAAGAGCGACACGAACUGCCAUGCAAAUGGGUCUGUGGCUUUGCAAGGAGCGACGGUAAAUCGAUGGCAAUGUCACAAAUUCACGGCCAAGGUGGGCCACCCAUGUCACUUUUUCAAGGUGGAGCCUCCGUCGUCUGCCCAGAAGCGACGCGUCUACUAUUUUGGCGCCGACACCGAGUCGGACUUGGUCGAGUGGAUGCGGGUCGUCCAAGCGUCGGCGUCGCCGCAGCUGCAACGGUCGCAGAGUGCUGCUUUGAUCGGACUUGGCCGCCACUCGCACCACCCGCGUUGCCAAGACAACAGUUCAUUUGUGAGCACCACGAGCUCAUGUACCGGUCACAAUAACAACAACCCCCACACACCCAAGACAGACCAGUACUACUCGAACCGCAGCUCCAUGCCCACGACCAGUAGCACCGCCACCACGAGUAGCAGUAGCGGCUUCAACACGGGGUCGAGCACCGGACGUGUCAUGGCGCGGCUCUCGUUUGACGAUCGCAUGGCCCGGGUGGAAGCGACGAAGAAGGCGACUGUCGUGUCGACGUACGAGUACUCGACCGAAGAGCUGCUGGCGGCGGCAGACCUGCAAGCCCACCUCCAGGACACGGGCCAGUUUGUCGCGUUCUGUGAAAUGCCCCGCGUCGACGCGGUGCAGCUGGUCCUGCUGCUCGCGCACGACAUGUUUCCGAGCUUGCUGGAUGCCGUGGACGAAGACAGCGCGCACAUGGUGGACAUGGUCGCUGGACGAGAAAGUUUCAAGUGAUUACACAGCAUCCAAUCGUGUAACUUAAGAAUCAAACCCACAUAUCGAGGGCAAGGACGU